CGCAGCGGCAGCAAAAUGACAUGGCAACCACUGGAAGAGGGUCUUCAGCAGCUUCUUGCGGUACUCAAGGACUCGCAGUCACCACACACUGAAAAGCAGCUUGCUGUGCAAACGAAACUCGAGGAGUUCAAUUUGUAUCCGGACUUCAACCUCUAUCUCAUCUAUGUACUGACUAAGUUGAAGUCUAACGACAAGAUUACGCGAUCGAUUAGCGGGUUAAUCCUUAAAAAAAACCUUGUUGGCAGCCACUUGCGGCCGGAGAUCAUUGAGUAUAUCAAACACGAGUGCCUACAGGGGGUGGGUGACUCAACUCCCUUGAUUCGUGCUACAGUGGGCAUCCUGAUUACCACCAUCGCCAGUAAUGGCGGUCUGCAACACUGGCCUCAACUGUUGCCCUCUCUCUGCGAAAUGCUAGACUCCCAGGACUUGAACGUUUGCGAAGGAGCUUUUAGCGCGCUGCAAAAAAUCUGCGAGGACUCCGCUGAAAUCCUGGACUCUGCAGUGCUCAACAGCCCAUUAAAUGUUAUGAUUCCCAAGUUCCUGCAGUAUUUCAGGCACAGUAGUCCCAAGAUUCGAUCCCACGCCAUUGCGUGCAUCAACCAGUUCAUCAUUAACAGACCACAGGCCCUUAUACUGAACUUAGAUAGCUUUAUUGAAAACCUCUUUCACUUGACCUCGGAUGACGACAACAAUGUGCGCAAGAAUGUCUGCCACGGGAUGGUUAUGCUGCUGGAGGUCCACAUGGACCGCCUUAUGCCGCACAUGUCGCAGAUCAUUGAGUACAUGUUGCUGCGCACCCAGGACUCUGACGAGCUUAUUGCCUUGCAGGCCACUGAAUUCUGGCUAUCGCUGGUGGAUAAAAGCAUCUGCAAGGAGGUCCUUGCUCCCUUCUUACCCCAUUUAGCUCCUGUUCUUGUGCGUGGCAUGCGGUACUCUGAGGCUGAUAUUGUUCUUCUAAACGACAACGUGGAAGAAGACUACAUGAUACCCGAUCGAAAGGAGGACAUCCGCCCUCGUUUCCACAUGUCCCGUGUACACAAGAUGAAGGGUACUGAAGAAGCGGGAGCAGUAUCUGCAGGCGAGGAUGAUGACGAAGAUUUUAAUGCUGGCUUGGACGACUUCAGCUCUCUAUCAGAAUGGAACCUGCGAAAGUGCAGUGCCUCCACCCUUGACAUGCUUGCCAAUGUUUUCCAUGAGGAUUGCUUGCCUGUCGUGCUGCCUAUUUUAAAGGAAACGCUGUUUCAUCAAAAAUGGGCGAUAAGGGAGAGCGGUGUGCUGGCUUUGGGAGCCAUCGCCGAAGGCUGCAUGCAGGGCAUGAUACAGCACUUGCCAGAACUAAUUCCCUACCUGAUUAGCUGUCUGUCCGACAAGAAAGCCCUGGUCCGCUCUAUCACAUGCUGGACGCUUUCACGCUACGCCAAUUGGGUGGUCAACCAACCGCACGACCAGUACUUGAAGCCGUUGAUGGAGGAGUUGCUAAAGCGCAUUCUGGACUCAAAUAAACGCGUUCAGGAGGCGGCAUGCUCUGCUUUUGCCACUCUGGAGGAAGAGGCCUGCACAGAACUGGUGCCUUAUCUAGAGUACAUUCUGAAGACUCUGGUGUUUGCCUUCUCCAAGUACCAGCACAAGAAUCUGUUGAUUCUGUAUGAUGCUGUUGGUACAUUGGCGGAUUCCGUGGGUCAUCAUCUGAAUAAGCCGCAGUAUAUUGAUAUUCUCAUGCCUCCGCUGAUCGACAAAUGGAAUCUGCUUAAGGAUGAUGACAAAGACUUAUUCCCCUUGUUGGAGUGCCUGUCGAGCAUCGCCACUGCCUUGCAGUCUGGUUUCUUGCCUUACUGCGACCCGGUUUAUCGCAGGUGCAUAUCCCUUAUUGAACAGACCAUCAACCAGGAAAUGCUGUGCAAACAAAACCAAACGUACGACCAUCCCGACAAGGAGCGUAUGAUUGUUGCCCUAGAUCUGCUAUCUGGCCUAGCUGAGGGCUUGGACCGCCACAUUGAGACACUGGUGGCCAAUAGCAACAUUAUGCAUCUGCUCUACCAAUGCAUGCAAGACGUUCUUCCGGAAGUUCGCCAAUCCUCGUUUGCAUUGCUGGGUGAUCUGACUAAGGCCUGUUUCCCUCACGUGCAUCCCUUCAUGGCCGAAUUCUUUCCCAUAUUGGGGCAAAACCUGAACGCCGACUUUAUUUCAGUGUGCAACAAUGCCACCUGGGCUAUAGGCGAGAUUUGCAUGAAAUUGGGUGAGGAGACCAAGCAGUACAUUCGCCUCGUACUUAGCGACCUUUUCGUCAUUAUCAACCGCCCGAACACGCCCAAGACUCUGCUGGAGAAUACAGCAAUAACAAUCGGUCGUCUAGGUUAUGUGUGCCCAGUUGAAGUGGCUCCUUAUUUGCCCGAAUUUGUACGACAGUGGUGCACGUCGUUGCGGCACAUACGAGAUAAUGAUGAGAAGGACUCGGCCUUCCGUGGAAUGUGCCACAUGAUCACGGUGAAUCCAGCUGGCGUAGUGCCCGAUUUUAUAUUUUUCUGCGAUGCCAUCGCCUCGUGGGUUAAUCCCCCACAGGAUCUGCAUCAGAUGAUUCAAAAAAUUCUCCACGGCUUCAAGACCCAAGUGGGAGAAGAAAACUGGCGUUGUUACGUGGGGCAAUUUCCGCAAACUCUGGCCGAGCGUCUGGUUACCUUGUACGGUAUUUAAGGUCAGCCCCAAAUUGACCAACAAGAGGCCAAAUUUUUGGCCUGGUUAACUUAUUUUUCGAAUGUUACGUUAACACUGAAAUGAAAUGGAAACCAAAAAAAUGUCCCAAAACGUAUAAAAGCUAAACAUUUGUACACAAUUAGGAAAUUUCUGUUUUUUACGAUUUGUACAAGAUGUAUGUAAUGUAAAUAAAAUAUUGAACAAA